CAGCAUCGAACGUCUUGUCGCCUGCAUAUGCAUGGCCUUUUCUCCACACAAUGCUUCGCUGUCGAACCAAGCCCCUCUCCGGCCUGCCGCUGCCGCUGCCAGUUUCCCACUUUAGUAGCAGCGCAACGGUGGGAGGACUUUUUGCAGGCGUUCUCCUUUUCUAAGCAACUGACAUCGUGACCUCCUGAGGCCCGCACCUCCAUCCCACAUUCGCCUCGCCACUGUAUUUCCUGUCCUCGAGUAGCGGUGCAAUUUUGGUCCUAUUUCGGAUUAACGCUCUGUCAGUUUCGGUGUUUUUGUCUCCAUGCUUCACAUUAUGACGGCCGGUUAAAUCGCACUAUUUCCACGAAUUUAUCAAUCCACAGCCAUCCCGGCGGUUCCUGCUCCUCUCGAACAACUGACAACCCUCGUUUUUUAUACGAAGCGAUUGCGGUACCUCGAUGUUCCAGAAGUAUUUGUAAUCUAGGUCUGAGCAGUGUUCAACAUGGCUGCUACCAUCUCGAAACGCCAGCAGGCGCGGAACGAAAAGCAACUCCAGGAGCUGGUGGCGUCCGUGCCGGGCAAUAACCUUUGCGCAGACUGCCAUGCUAGAAACCCAGGUAAGGAAUAUUUAGCAUACUCUGACUACAUGACAAUGUAGUAGUACAACUUGUGUUGCUAACAACGUUUGUUCUCUAGCAUGGGCAUCAUGGAGUGUACGAACCACCUAGCCCCUCAUUCUCCGGAUGCUGAAAGCUAACAUCUCCGUAGCUCGGUGUUUUCCUGUGCAUGCGCUGCGCGGCUAUACACAGAAAGCUGGGAACGCACAUAUCGAAAGUAAAGUCUUUGAGCAUGGAUACAUGGUCCAACGAACAAGUUGAAAACAUGCGCAAAGUCGGCAACGUCGCCUCGAAUCAAAUAUACAACCCCGACAACAAACGAGCGCCGGUACCUGUAGAUGCAGACGAGGCUGAUUCUGCUAUGGAAAGAUUUAUACGACAAAAAUACAUACACAAUGUUUCGACAACAACCACGGGUAGCCACCAACCGUCAAGCCCCAGAUCUCCAGAAGGAACACCACCUCCCUUGCCGCCAAAGAAUACCUCCAAAUUUGGCUUCCGUGCUGCGUCAUCAAUCUUUCCGCUUUCCUCGAAAGCUAGAAAAGAAGCUAAAGCAGCCGCUGCGGCCUCGUUAGGAAGCGACUCACCAACGUUGACAAAUAAGCCGUCGAAGGUAUUUGGCACUACCGUUGACUAUUCACCAUCAAACGAUACCGAAUCAAAGCUACAAAAGCUUCGCGAAUUAGGCUUCAUAAAUGCACAGCGGAAUGAGAUGGUCCUCAAAGGCGUCAAUGGCAAUUUUGAACAAGCCGUUGAGUCGCUGAUUCGGCUGGGAGAGGGUGACGGCCUUGACAAGCCGUUGCCAAACCCGGGCAACAACCACCCAAGGCUACGCGCAACUCGUUCAUUCACGCCGACUACCAAGUAUUCGUCCCCAUCUGCUAGCGAGUUCCCAAUGCCGAAGCGUCGCGAUACGGACAGACCAACGUCCUCGUCCACGACAUCUACGAACCCAUAUGAUGCAAUCAACCGCGUACAACCACAGACAGCGCAAUCAACAGGGUCACUCCCAAACACUAACCCCUUCCAAAUGGCUGCAAGUAACCCGUUUGCGUCCAUGGCAUCUCAGGCACAACUUGAGCAAGCCUUCUAUGGUUUAAACGUCUCGCCACAGCAAUCGAAUGUGGCAGCUAACGUUCAACCCAUGGGCUUUCCACAGACGUUAUAUCCCCAGUCUGCUCCUACUAGCCCCAGCAUUUACUCUGGCACUGGAUUUGCCAGCAUGAAUAGUGUCGCCUAUGCAAACCCAAUGAUGCAGAAUCAAAUAGCCACGCAAAUGCAAGGGAGCAACGUAAAUCCUUACUUUGCCCAAAAUCCCAACCAAUCAUUGCCACAGAACUACCAACAGCCACUUGCCAUUAACACCACAGGCGCAGUUCAACCCAUGACAACACCCAAUCCCUUCUUACGGUCCCCGACGAGAAUGGUAUCUUCGCCGGCUUUAGGGCAGAUCCCAGAGCAAGGCCAGUCGCCUUACUUGACAAGUUCGCCAGCGCCUUUAGCAUCUCCAAACAACAAUCCAUUCUUCACUCCCGCACCACAGCCAGCUCAGUAUUAUCCCACGCCAAAGCAUGACACAGCUUCGAUAUUGGCCUUAUACAACCAGCCAUCCAAUAACCUACAUACUACCGGUUUCCAGCCUGCUCUGCAAACACAAGAGGCGAUUAUUCCGGAAAACCAAGCUGUUAACACGCCUGCAGCAGCCGCUGGUAACCCCUAUAGCGUGCAGUCCAGGAGCGUCUCCCAGCCUAUUCCAGGCAAUAAUCCAUAUUUGAACUCUGCUGUCCCGGCACAGAAUUCAAUUGAUAUGGCAGGUGCCCAACGAAAAAUUAGCAGAGAGAGCAUGAAUCUGGGCAAAGAUAUGGCCUGGACAAACGGGCGGCAUAGUCCAGACGCUUUUGCUAGCCUCAGCGCUAGACAUGUGUGAAGCUGAUCGUGUUUAUGAGUCAGUCAUUAUACAUCCUCGUCUAUUACACUGUUUACUCUGGGUAUUUAAGUUGUCUGUGGGGACCAGCGUGGCAUUGAGCCUAGCUUUCGCCCCAACGUUGAUAUAGAUGGUCUACUGGAUAUCGAUUUAGAUAUCAGGGUCCCCAAUUCAUAGCCUAGCCAACAGGCUGGCACGAUACUUUAUGUAGCUUAUCUGAUGAGCAAUGGAUAAACACUGCUCAAGGAGUUUGGAUAAUAUUAAAAAAAUAAAAACGUCCCACACU